AUGCAGCUGCAAGUUCCUCCCAGGGCAGGGCUUGGCUACCCAGGCCCCAGGCGCCGGCUGCUUAAAGCCCUCUCCAGGCCCGCCCUCCCCAGUCCUGCCCAAGUUAAGCAGACACCUGAGGCCCUGUCAGCAGUGCCUGUUCUGAGGCGCGCAGAAGCCAUGUCUGACCAGGAAGAGGCCCUGGAAGAGUGUGAACCGGAGCAGGAAGAAGCUGUGGAAGAGCAGGAAGAACUAGCAGAAGAAGAAGAGGCUGAAGGUGAAGCUGAAGGUGAGGCUGAUGCUGAGGAGACCAAUGUGGAAGGAGACACACAAGAAGAGGAAGCUAAAGAUGCUGACGAUGGCCCGGUGGAGGAGUCCAAACCCAAGCCCAGGUCGUUCAUGCCCAACUUGGUGCCACCCAAGAUCCCCGAUGGAGAGAGAGUGGACUUUGACGACAUCCACCGGAAGCGCAUGGAGAAGGACCUGAACGAGCUGCAGACGCUGAUCGAAGCUCACUUUGAGAACAGGAAGAAGGAGGAGGAGGAGCUCCUUUCCCUCAAAGACAGAAUCGAGAAGCGCCGUGCCGAGCGGGCAGAGCAGCAGCGCAUCCGAAGUGAGCGGGAGAAGGAGCGCCAGACCCGUCUGGCUGAAGAGAGAGCCCGGCGAGAGGAGGAGGAGAACAGGAGAAAGGCUGAGGAUGAGGCCCGGAAGAAGAAGGCUUUGUCCAACAUGAUGCAUUUUGGAGGCUACAUCCAGAAGCAGGCCCAGACUGAGCGGAAAAGUGGGAAGAGGCAGACGGAGCGGGAGAAGAAGAAGAAGAUUCUGGCUGAGAGGAGGAAGGCGCUGGCCAUCGACCACCUGAAUGAAGAUCAGCUGAGGGAGAAGGCCAAGGAGCUGUGGCAGAGUGUCUAUAACCUGGAGGCGGAGAAGUUCGACCUGCAGGAGAAGUUCAAACAGCAGAAGUAUGAGAUCAAUGUCCUCCGAAACCGGAUCAAUGAUAACCAGAAAGUCUCCAAGACCCGAGGCAAGGCCAAAGUCACCGGACGCUGGAAGUAGACGCUGCAGCCUCCUUGGCCAGAGAUCUGCUCCUGGCCGCUUCCCUGUCCUGCUUGUCCCCAGCUCCAGGCCUCCUGGGCACCCGAGGGGCACUCCUAGUGGACACUCCUCAUGGAGGCCACCGCCCCCCACACGCCCCACA